AAACCGUGCCACACUUUAACAAGCGCGCGCAUAUGUGACUCUACGCCAGUUCGCGGUGCCGACCUACGCAAUGGACACAAACAACAACAACAGCUCAGGCGUCAUCUCCUUUGUGGGCUCCCGUGGAGAUUCCCCGUCCAGAACCAGUCCAGUCUCCAUGUACAGUGAGAACUCCAACUCCCAGCCCUGCUUCACCUCCUCAUCAGCGCUCCCCUUCCUCAGCAGCUCAGGCUCUGCAGGAGACGACGGCUCCUCCUCUUCCUCAGCAGGAGGUUCUCCUCGAGGCCGGGACGACGGAGGAGGAUCUAAAUCUGUGGCCAGUUUGACCAAGCUGAACGGCGUGGUUCUGUUCUGUAAGGUCUGCGGUGACGUGGCCUCUGGUUUCCAUUAUGGAGUUCACGCCUGCGAAGGCUGCAAGGGCUUCUUCCGCCGCAGCAUCCAGCAGAACAUCAAGUACAGGAAGUGUCUGAAGAGCGAGAGCUGCUCCAUCGUGAAGAUCAACAGGAACCGCUGCCAGCAGUGUCGCUACAGGAAAUGCCUUUCUGUGGGGAUGAGCCGCGACGCGGUCCGUUUCGGUCGGAUCCCAAAGCUUGAGAAGGUUAGAAUGCUGGCUGAGAUGCAGAGCGCCAUGAAUAACGUGGUCAACAACCAGCUGCAGAACGACUUCCAGCUCGCCAGCAUAUCCUCUUCCUCCUCUCCGAGCCCGGGAGGGACCAUCGCUCCCCAGCCAACAACCCUACCACAAACUCCUACCUCCCCCUCUCCUUCUGAGCCAUCUGCCUCCUCUUCCCCUCCUCCUCCUUCCUCAGGGCGAAGCUCCUCCCACUCAUCUUCCUCCCGGCCCCCCAGCCCCGGGAUGGACACCACCAUCAGUGCCAUUGCACACGCUCACCGUGAAACCUUCCUGUACGCACACAAGCUGACCAAUCUCCACCCUCCUCAUCAGCAGGAGAACACAAACCACACCCACCUCCAUAAUAAGGAGGCGGGGCUUUGGUCCAACUACUGCCCCAAUGGUUACCAUUCCAAUGGCCUCAACAACCACAACCAUAACUGGGACUCAGACAGAGACAUUACUAAUAAUCUCCAUAACAAUGGGAGGCGGAGCCUGAAUAACUGUAAUCUGAUUGGAGGGGAGGGAAGCACGCAUCAUUUGACCCGGGGGCCAAGCUGUCCGUCGGUGAAGAACCAUGCUGGGAUCGUUCUGGCUUGUCCAAUGAACAUGCAACCUCAUGCAGACCCCUCAAAGACCCCCCAGGAGAUCUGGGAGGACUUCUCUCUGUCUUUCACUCCUGCUGUCAAGGAGGUGGUGGAGUUUGCCAAACAAAUCCCAGGAUUCAGCGCUCUGUCCCAGAACGACCAAGUCGCCCUUCUGAAGGCCGGCACCUUCGAGGUUCUGAUGGUGCGCUUCUCGUCCCUGUUCGGGGUGAAGGAGAAGACAGUGACGUUCGUCUCGGGCGCCACCUACACCCUGCAGCAGCUGGGAGUCAACGACCUCCUGGCAGCCAUGUUUGAUUUCAGCCACAAACUGGCCUCUCUGGAGCUGACCGCCGAGGAGUUGGGUCUGUUCACCGCGGUGGUUCUGGUCUCUGCAGACCGCUCCGGCAUCGAGAACGUGGCGUCGGUGGAGCAGCUGCAGGAGAACCUGAUCAGGGCGCUGCGUGGUCUGAUCAACAAGUCCGCCGUCGCCCCCGACGACAGAGACUCAGCGCGGUUCACCAAGCUGCUGCUGAGGCUGCCCGACCUGCGCACGCUCAACAACAUGCACUCUGAGAAGCUGCUGGCCUUCCGCAUCGACGCCUGAUGACCUCACACAUCAUCGCCACACUUCCUGUCUCUCACUGAGGAUACCAUGAUGUCAUCCUUAUCAGCCCUUCAAAAUAAAAGCUGUUGCUCAGAAGAUGCAGUGGCCAACAAGCCUGAGAUCUGAACUGACAGGAAACUGUUCCGAGUUUCACUU